CAGCACCCGACGAACAAAAACCUUGAGCACAUGUACUUCCAUGGCCUGUUCGAUGAGCAGGCCCGCCUUACCCCAGACGCACCUGCUGUGGUGGCAUGCGUUCCGGCAAGGAGCCUUCCCCGUCUCCGUUGUCAGCUCAUCAGGCCCUUGGAACGUACUGCCCUCUCCUACGCCGAACUCCAGGCGCGCUCGACAGCCUUAGCCAAGUCGUUGGGAGACCUCGAUGAUGACCAACCGGGGAUUGCAGCCGUGUGGCUUCCGCGUAUUCACGAGGACUUUCUGCCUGUGCUCCUGGCUCUGAGCAGGUGCCAGAUUUGCUUUGGAUUGCUGAGCACUGACCUCAAGGAUCAGGAGCUUCAACGACAAAGGAAUCAGCAGAUUCUGGAGGUUCUACGACCUCGUUUUCUGAUCACCUCAAAAGGUGGCAUUCCAGAUGCAAAUGUACAGGUGGAUUGCAGAAUCCUUGAGGUGGAUUCAGGCGGCUUCUCAUCACAAGGAGCAAAUACUUCACUGUCCAGCUUGUCACCAUCACUUCCACCGGGGUCCUUGUGCCUCCUCUUCACUGGGGGUACCUUCCGCAGCCGCUGUGUGGUGGUCUCACAUGCAAUGGUGGAGCAUGAGCGGUCGACAUAUUCGGAUUGCUUGGAGGUGACGUUCCCCUUGCGAAUUGCACAACAUACCUCGGUCUAUUGGGGUGCCUCAGCUUUAGGGCAGAUCAGUAUUGCCUUAGCCUUUGGUGGAUGCUCCGUCCUGUGCGAAGUUCCCGAGAUUGAAGAUUUCAAGCGAGUCAUUCGAGAAGAGGCAGUGAAUACAAUUGGCCUAGUGCCAGAUCAGUUGAAGCUCCUAGCAGAGGAUCCCUCCUCAGAGCUACCCAACAUCCAGGCAGUCUUCAGUUGGGGUGAGAAGCUGCCGAUCAAUGUAGCCCAAAGAUGGUCCAACCAUCCAAAAGCACGGCUCAGAGAAUUGCUCGUGUCCACCGAAUAUUGGCUUUCCUUCUACUCAGCUCCACUCGAGGGCAUUGGACGCCAUCGGAUCGUGGGAGGAGUUGAAACCUUGAUCAUCGAUCAGGCAGAGCAGGAUGGAACUGGCGAGCUGGUCAUUCGCGGGCCAAUGGUCACGACAGGAUACAUUGCGGGUGAAUCUUCCGACUCCUCCUUCAUUGACAUCGAUGGGAAGUCCUAUUUCCGCACUCGCGACUUGGUUCAGCGAUGGUCCGAUGGCACCUUAGAGUUUCGUGGACGAGCUGAUAUGACCAUGAAGCAGCGGGGACAGUGGGUCGAUCUGUCGACGUUGCAGGGAAAUCUUCAAGAGAUCAAGGAGAUCGAGGAUUGUCAGGUCGUGCCCGAUCCGGGAGGUAGUAGCACCGUCCAUGCUUUCGUGGUCUUGAAGGUUGCAGAGUCUCUUCGCGUGGCCGAGGCCUUGCGACAGGUACGGAAGCUCCUGCCACAUGGGCAGAUUCACACCUUGAGUAGCUUACCAAGGCACCCAGUCACGUGCAAAGUGGACUACCGGAAACUGACCUCGCUGGCCAAGGGGAGUGAGGAAAGCUGGCCACUCAAUCCGUCAGCUGCAGCCGAGCCCUUCAUCAUUCAGCGCGGGAAGGAGAAAGUCCUUCAGAUCCUUGCUUGGAGCCUUCUGGCCCUGCUUGGGGGGUUUUCCUGGGAUUUGGCCUCUGUUCUGCGGCUCAAGCUGCCAUCUGGACUCGGUCUUUUGAUGCUUCCAUACAUGCACCUAUCAUUUCUGCAUACGGCCGACGAGAGAAGUCGCUUGUCUGAAGUGGUUUUUGCAGCAUCUGAAGUGAUGCCCAUGGGCAUUUGGGGCAGUAUGGUGGCUGUCUUGAUGAAUCGCGGUAUGCUAACAUGGCUCUGCGAACAGCAGUCCGUUCGCAGCAGCCAAUGGAUGUCCGCUUGCUGCAAGAUGCGCCUGAUGUCGAACCUUCUGGUAGGCCUUUGGGUGUCUCAUGGGGCAGCACACGCCCUUCGCAGACGCCGUUUCCUGGCGUAUCCGCUAGUCUUCUGGACAGGAAUUGGAUAUCGUUUAGAGUAUGAUUUGGAGAGGUGGUGCACUUGGAGGUAUUGGGAGUGGUAUUUCACUUCCUCCCUGCAGCAGUGCAUCUCUAUGCCCUUCUGGCUCUUGCAGAAGCUGAAUCCAAGGAGCUGGAUAGCGCCUCAAGAGCCUGAGGAGAUUGCCGAGGAAUCGCAGAAGGAAAAGGAAGAGGCAGCCGAGGAGCCACCCCUGAGAUGCUCCCUUUGCUGCAAGACCAUGCGCACUGCUUGGCCUCCUCCCGAAACUGCGGUGCUCCAUUCGGAGGACAUCGACGUGGUCUACGGAUGCAACGACCGCUUUGGGCAGCUCGUCUGCUGGGCCUGUUGGCCAGUUGCCACUUCUGAGGCCUGCAAGGAAUGCCAACCCUUGGCCGAAAGCCUGCUGAAGAACAGACCAAUUGCCGGACCUGCCAGUGAAGAGGAGAACGAGCAGGAGCAGAAUGGGGAUGCUCAGAAUGGCAACGAGCAGUGGUCAAAGGAUGAGAAGAAGCAGUUUGAUCGAUGGUGGUGGAUCAACAAGACAGUGGAUUAUGUGGAGUUGAAGGACUUGGCCACAGAAUCGGCUCAAAUGUCCACACGGGUGCCCAGCAAUCCACGAGAACGGAAGAUCUAUCGGUGCUUGCAAGAUGUCCUUCGUACUGAGAUGACAGAAGAUAUGUCCUUCCAUGCUUUAGACAGUCUCACCCUGGGCUUGCUGGUUGGCCGGCUUCGAGGAGAGUUUGGUGUGAGCUUGAGCAUCUCUCAACUCCGCAACGCUUCCCCGGAAGAUUUGCCCAAGUUGCUCGAAGAGUGUGAAGGGCAGGUACAAAAGGCCGGAACGAAGGAAAAGCACUCGAGUUCUGACUCAGAAUAUGCGGUGUGGUUCUCACCUGGCCAAUACUUUCCCAUGGGAGGUUGGGUCCUUCGCAGGGACGGGGAGAUUUGCCUUGACAAGUUGCAGAAGGCCGCCCAUGAGGUGACCAUGAGGCAUGAUGCGCUUCGUGCUUCACCAGCUGAUCCAUUGCGGAUGCUCUCCUUCAUCUUGGAUACAGCAGUGAUGUUCACACUCGUGGCUCGAUUGUUGGACACCAGGGGUCCUUGGAGCUGCCGCUUGAGAAGGUACAUCUCCUGGGCAUUGAAGCAGACGUGGCCCAAAAUUCAGGUUGACAGGCCCGAGGAGGUCUAUGGCCCAGGAGAUUUCCCCUCUCCUUUGGUGGUCAUCCCCGUUCCAGAUCAGCAAAACGCUGAAUGGCAUUGCAAACAUCGUCGUGGACUCUUGCAAGAGUCCGGCCGGCCAGUGGAUAUUGCCUUGAUUCAGCUUCGAGUCAAGCUGGAAGGCUUGUGGGUCUAUGGGGUCAAUGGAGGCAUGGGAGACUUUGCCAUCCUUCCAUCCCCCAACAGCUCCAGCGCCGAUGCCGCAUCCUCCGACCUGGUCUUGGUGGACCGCAACCGCCGCGAGGCGGCGCAACUCUGGGGACCGGAGUCGCCGGGCUGGAUUCCACCUCCCUACGGCUUCCCGGCGUUGCUGUCGGGAAAGAUUGAGUCGGAGGAUUCGUCCGGAGAGGAUGCCGGCGGAGUGAUUUGGCUAAGGCUGAAAGGUGCAACUCACAUGUCGGUGUUGUGGAGGAAACAUGUUUCAGCCAAACCUCGUCGAUAUGAGGCCUUUCGGAUGCCAAGUGCCGAGGUGAAGGAUCAGAUCUUCAACUACUUAGUGGUGCACGCAAUGCACAUCAUCGCAGAUGGCCAAAGCUAUGAAGCCAUCGUUGGAGAUCUGUUGGCGAUCUAUUCCGGGUCUCGGCCAGCACCUCCCGCCGUCAACAGCUUGGAACUGUUGCAAAGGCGGCUUUUUGAUAGCUUGGAUGCUGUGGAGCCACGCAACAGUCCACAGAUGUGCUCCCUGCGCGGAAGCCAAUGGAAAUGCACGAAGCGUGGCUAUGGCCACAUCUUAGGAUUCACAAAGGCCGUGUUAGUUGCCUUGCGACAAGCUGCGCUCAGACACGCCGUGCCUUUUGAUGCAGCUUUGUUGGCCUUGACGGCCAUUGCGGUCGCCAACGCAAAGGAGGUGGAGGACUUAGAAUUCACACUCUAUGCUCCAACACGUGAUGGUGUGGGAGAAGCAGGUUUGUGUGGCCUGUUUGCCGACUGGCGAGUCCUCAACAUUAGCCUCGACAAGAUGACCUCCACUGUCCUGGGUGUGGUUCAACAAGUGGGCCACAAGAUCCGAACCAGGCAAUGGGGGGUGUACAAUGCCAUCAAGAAGCCCGAAGCGACCAUGGUGAACUUCCAACUUAUGGACUCAGCGGACGCUUCAAGCCGUGCGGGCUUUGUGCAGAUCGGUGAGGAGCUUUGGCGGAUCGGUGAGUGCAUGAAGGAGGACAAGCGAAACGAUGAGCAGCUGCCAAGGGUUCCACAGCCUUUAUCCUUUGUGAUUGAGCAGGGAGACAAAGAAACUUGGUGGCUUCUCAUCAACUGCGCCUAUGACGACUAUCCGCCGCCAGUCUUGCGCCGUAUGUUGAAGGCGUUCCAGGAUGCCGCCGAGGCGUUUGUCAACAAGCCAACUGCCAAUGCGCACAUCUCUUUUCCCGAGAAUUUCUAUUGACGGAUGUCGGAUGCGUAGCCUGCCAAGUGGCGAAGGAUGUCCGAAGGAUUCCGAAGGAUUCCGAAGGAAUGGAGAAGAUGAAGUGUGGAGUGUGGAGAAGGGCCUGGGCACCUCGCGAUGGUCAAGAAGAACUUACAAUAUUCUACAUCACAGAAUCUAUCAAUUGUA